AAAAUGAGGCGUGCUCUCUCUUGAUUCCUUUAUAGGCUUCACCACCGUUUCUCUCUCCCCUCCUCUCUCAGCCUCAGGCCCCUUCCCUCCUUCUUAUCUCCCACCUAGCGGGAGAAGCGACACUUCCCCAAACUCCGUUCCGUUUCUUUCUCUCUCUAAACAAAAAAUUUUCGAUUUCUUCUGUUUCAGCUCACGUAAAUAAUUAGCUCCUAGCUCAAUCCCCCAUUGUUUAUAUGUAAAGAUCUUCCAUUUUUCUCCUUAGAAAGGUAAUAAUAAUCUGGUAAUUGAGCUCUCUUCGAUUCCCAAAAAAUUGAAGGAAAACAGAGAAUUUUUAGUACUAUAUUCGAAUUCAAAGAGAAUCGAUCAUGAUGGCGUCAACUGCGAUCUCGAAUCAUCCUGUAACCAAUUCCAACUUUGAUCGCUCAAAAAGGAAAAAGAAGAAGAAAUCGCAAGCUCCAUCCAAGGAGAAUCAAAAUCAAGGCCACGCUAAGUGGAAAACCGAAGCUCAGCAACAAAUCUACUCCUCUAAACUCAUCCAAGCUUUGAGCCAAGUUCGCCUCAGCCCUUCUUCCCCUUCGGCUCCCCGCCAAGGCCGAGCUGUUAGAGAAGCCGCUGACAGAGCCCUGGCCUUCGCUGCUAAGGGGAAAACAAGGUGGAGCCGUGCCAUAUUGACUAGCCGAAUCAAGCUUAAGUUCAGGAAGCAGCACAAGAGGCACAGAGUGGUAGCGGCUUCUACUACCUCGACGGUAACCGGAACUAGCCGAUCGAAGAAGCCGAGAGUUAGCGUUUUGAGGUUGAAAGGGAAGAGUUUGCCAGCUGUACAAAGGAAAGUGAGUGUUCUGGGCCGGUUGGUUCCUGGUUGCCGGAAACAACCGUUGCCUGUUAUCCUAGAAGAAGCGACCGACUAUAUAGCUGCUUUGGAGAUGCAAGUUCGAGCCAUGAGCGCUCUCGCUGAACUGCUUUCUGGCUCCAGCUCUAGCUCCGGCGCCGGGUCUAGUUCCGGUUCGAGUCCUACGAGCUGAUGGCAGUCUAGUCUAAUGGGCGGAUGUCAUUUCGUGGUUCUUUAAUAUAUUUUUCUUAAUUUGUCAUCUUCGACUUCUCCCACUUUCUCUCAGUAAUCUCAUGUUAAAUACUUGUCCUCUUCUUCUUCUUUUCGAUUUUUUUUUUCCCUUUUUUUCUUUGUGAGUAAUUUUAUCUCACAUUUCUUUUUAAAAAAAUUUUUAUGUUCUUUCUUUCGAGUCCUUUAGAAGGGAAUAAUUGACCUGUGAAAUCUUUCACCCACAAUCUGUUGAACAACUGGUUUGAACCUCUUUAGGGAAAAGCUUCCAUUAAUCUGUAAUUGCCUUUGUGUAUAUUAUUAGUAUAUGAAAUGAUUUGGGGGCUAUAGGGGUUGUUUUGUUCAA